AUGAGUAGCAGCAGUAGCAGACCUCCUCAACUUGACAAUUUAUUGAAGUUGGAUGGAUACCUAUGGAAUUAUCAAACUGAAAUAUGUCGCAGAUAUGGAGUUUUCCUUGAUUAUUCGAAGAGAAUUGAAGAGUGUGGUGGAUGGGAAACAUUCACAACAGCUUAUCGAGAAUAUGGUGUUGUGGUGAUGAGGGAUAAUUCAGUUCGUUGUUUGGAAUGGGCACCAGGAGCAGAAGCUUUAUCAUUGGUGGGAGAUUUUAACGAUUGGAACACUGAAUCUCAUCCAUACAAGAAACUAGAAUAUGGCAAAUGGGAAUUAAUUAUUCCAGCUGAUAAAGAUGGUAAUUGUCCGAUUAAACAUGGAUCGAUUAUCAAGGUCGCAGUAAAAAAAAAUGGCGUAUUUCAUUUUAAAUUGUCUCCUUGGGCACACUAUGUUACACGGCCGAAAGAAACAACAGUUUAUCACAUGCCCUUCUAUAACCCACCUGAAUCGGAGUGUUAUCGUUUUAAAUAUCCAAGACCAUCAAAACCUGAGUCAUUACGGAUUUAUGAAGCGCAUGUUGGAAUAUCUAGUUCGGAAGGAAAAGUCAAUACCUACAAGAAUUUUGCAAAUGAUGUUAUUCCGAGAAUCAAGAAACAAGGUUAUAAUACCAUUCAGCUAAUGGCUAUUAUGGAACACGUUUACUAUGCUAGUUUCGGCUAUCAAGUCACUAGUUUCUUCGCACCAUCAAGCCGUUGCGGAACGCCAGAAGACCUAAAAUAUCUUGUGGAUAAAGCACACGAAGCGGUAUUCUAA